UCUUGGAGCACUGGUAGAACUGACUGGAACUAUACGCGACAAACCGCGGUCUGAAAGCCUGUACAAUGCGAUCCGGGGAGGACGGCCAUCCGGGGCUAUUGAUUUUUCAGCCCAUCCUACGCUAACGGAGUAGUUUUUUUUCUCUCGCGGUCGCUUGUCCUAUUCGGCGCGCGCUGAAGUAGUGGGCCAUUACCGCAUUCACGUUAUUCCGACAUACCUCCACUCUCCCCCACGGAGAAGCGCACGCAUCGGCGGACGGAUAACGGGACGUCUUUGGCUGCUGAAGAAAUAAAGGAAGUCCAACGGAGAAUAACGCGAGGAAGAUGGAUAUGUUUCUCGUUCCCCGAAUAUGCUGGUGGCGGCUCUUCUUUCUUUGUAGCAUUUUUCAAGACUACAUGAGCUCGAUGCUGGACUGUCCUCCUACCUGCAGCUGUUCCAGCACGGAGAUCUAUUGCAAUAAGUCUUAUCAAGGGAAUUUCUUUCCUCUUCUCGCGCUGCAAGAGACCGGGAGCGAAGGAAAUAGCACGAACAGUAUUCCGGAUCUUUUUGAGAAUAUCUCCUCCAUACACAUUGAGAAUUGGUCGGGUCUGCAGGCACUUCGGGACGUGGACAUGGAGCUGUACACUGGACUCCAGAAGCUAACCCUGGUGAACUGCAGUCUGCGGGGAAUCCAGCCACGAGCCUUCGCACAGAACCCACACCUGCGUUACAUAAACUUGUCCAGGAAUCCUCUGAGCACUCUCUCCUGGCAACUCUUCCAGAAUCUCCAGCUUAUCGAUUUGAGACUAGAGGGCGUGGUGUUUAACUGCAGCUGUGAGGUCCGUUGGCUCCAGCUCUGGCAGCAGAGGGGGGAGGCCGGUCUGCACAACCAGCAGCUGUUCUGCAAUAACGGCAUCUCCAAGACCCCCCUGCAGCUGAUGAACAUCUCCCAGUGUGACCCCCCGGAGAUCAGUGUGACCCACGGUAACCUGACUGUCACGGAGGGGGACCGCAUCACCAUCACCUGUAAUGGCUCAGGUGUACCUGUACCUGAUGUGGACUGGAACGUCAAUUCUCUCCACUCCAUCAACACACACCAGGCUGUCCAGUACCCUCCAAAUGUUCACUCGAUCAACCUCACUCUCUUCAACGUCAGUCGAGAUGACAACUUCUUCCUGUUGACAUGUAUUGCUGAGAAUGUUGUGGGGAUGACCAAUGUGUCUGUGCAACUCUCCGUUCAGUUUCCACCCUCCAUCGUGCGGUUUGCGGAGCCAGAGCGAUGGCACGACACAUGCAUGAUGUUCACGGUACGAGGACACCCCCUACCCACCCUGCGCUGGCUCUACAGAGAUGAGGAACUGGUUCAGUCUGAAUAUGUCCGCAUGGAGGCAGAGGUGUACCAGGACUACCUGGAGGGUUGCCUCGUCUUCAAGAACCCCACCCACCACAACAAUGGCAACUACACCAUUGAGGCACGAAACUUCCUGGGUGUGGCCACCAGGACAGUCGAUGCCCAUUUUAUGACUGCCCCCUUUACUGAGUUGACCAUUCACCCCUCCGUUCACUCUCCAGUGAGUCCGAGCCUGACGCCCACCAUCACAGUCACCCACCGCCCUGAAGAGGACACGUUUGGGGUGUCGAUCGCAGUGGGCCUGGCAGGAUUCGUCUGUAUCCUUCUCCUCGUGAUGUUCGUGCUCAUUAACAAAUACGGCAGACGCGCCAAGUUCGGUAUGAAAGGGCCCGUGGCAGUCAUCAGUGGAGAGGAGGACUCGGCCAGUCCCCUCCACCACGUUAAUCAUGGCAUCAUAUCGCCCUGCACCCUGGACGCCGCCCCCGAUGCUGUGGUGAUCGGAAUGACGCGCAUUCCUGUGAUCGAGAACCCACAGUACUUCCGACAUGGACACAACUGCAGCAAGCCCGCCACCUACGUGCAGCAUAUAAAGAGAAGAGACAUCAUACUGAAGCGUGAACUGGGUGAGGGGGCCUUUGGGAAGGUUUUCCUGGCAGAGUGUUAUAACCUCAGUCCCACCAAGGACAAGAUGUUCGUGGCUGUCAAGACUCUGAAGGACCCCACACUGGCAGCGAGGAAGGAUUUCCAGAGAGAAGCGGAGCUCCUGACCAACCUGCAGCAUGAGCACAUAGUGAAGUUCUAUGGCGUAUGUGUGGACGGCGACCCGCUCAUCAUGGUCUUUGAGUACAUGAAGCACGGAGACCUGAACAAGUUCCUCAGAGCCCAUGGGCCUGACGCCAUGAUCCUGGUUGAUGGACAGCCGUUGCAGACCAAUGGGGAGCUGGGCCUGUCCCAGAUGCUGCACAUCGCCACGCAGAUCGCAGCAGGCAUGGUGUACCUGGCAUCUCAGCACUUUGUGCACAGAGACCUGGCCACACGCAACUGCCUGGUGGGCAACGGACUCCUCGUGAAGAUCGGAGACUUCGGAAUGUCGCGGGACAUCUACAGCACUGACUACUACCGGGUCGGCGGUCAUACCAUGCUGCCCAUUCGUUGGAUGCCUCCAGAAAGCAUCAUGUACAGGAAGUUCACCACGGAGAGCGAUGUCUGGAGCUUUGGGGUUAUCCUCUGGGAAAUCUUCACCUAUGGGAAGCAGCCAUGGUUCCAGCUGGCUAAUAAUGAGGUAAUCGAGUGUAUUACCCAAGGUCGGGUUCUUGAGCGGCCUCGUCUCUGUCCAAAGGAAGUGUAUGACGUAAUGCUGGGUUGCUGGCAGAGAGAACCACAGCAGAGGCUGAACAUUAAAGACAUCCAGAAAGUCCUCUAUGCUUUGGGAAAAGCUGCACCUGUUUACCUGGACAUCCUGGGCUGAGGGGGCAGGGCCUGCUCACACCUGCCCACCAGGACCUCAGAGAGCCGCGUCGGACACUGUAGAGUGGGGUGAACUGAAGUGCCUGCUAUGAUUUUCCAAAUCCUGGAUAAGAGCCUCUUUGAAAAGCACUUUUACAUUUUGUUUACCUGCAGAGAAAAUUGUCCAGUUCUGUAUGAAGAGGAGACGUCUUUUUUUGUUAUUGUUGUUGAUUUUUUUUUCAUAACAUACAUAAAAUCAGAAAGAAGAAAAAAAAGAAACUAAAAAAAUGGACAAAAACUGGGUGAAAAAUGGGAUCUUUCACUUUUUUGUUUCCUGACAGCUUGACAGAAGACUGAAUCUCUCAUGCUUGACUACUUUUUGUUCAUUUUAUAAAUAUAUAUUAUAUAUAUUUUGUUCUUUUCUUUUUUUUCUUUUUUGAAGUGUGGAUGUCCACGAUGGUUUCUUGCUAAGGGUGCGUCAGCUUUUGGAGAUGACUGCUCAUUGUUGCCGGGUCAGACAGCAGAAAAGGCCUUACUGCAUUCUGAUUGGCUGAUCCUUCUCUUGACUGUAGAGGAGGUGUCCAAUAGGGCUUUUAAUUCCUACCGGGAGGAGCUUAUUGGCCAAGGAACUCGACAGAAUGAACCACUAAUCAGCAUAAAGGAGAUCAUUUAAAAGUAAAAUGAAUGUAUAUAAUGUAAAUUUCUGUGUCACGAACUUUAGUAUGGUAACUUAUUUCAUUUUUCUAUUUAGAUGAUUUUAGUUCCUUGGUGUGUUGUUACAGUGAGUAAAUUCUGUAAAUGUUUUGAUAAUAUUUGAAUGUUUUUAAUUUUUUUUACAUGGUCAUAGAAUGUGUCAUU